UCCGGGUAGAGCCCUCCCUCCCCAAGUGAAGCUCUCGUCGGCCGGAAUGACCAAAUCUCUCCGAUCAGUCUUUUGUUUCCCGUUCCAUCCAUCGACGUUCUUAAUCUCUCGAAUCUGGAUUGGCCAAGGACCGUAGAAAAUUCCGGGUUAAUUUCUGGUUUGAACAUUGAAAUGCCGAGAUGGGAUGCUGUUGAAAUUCUCCCGGAAUAAUCAUUCUUUUUAGUAAACCAACAGUUCAUCUGGAACAAUGGAUCGUUCUAAUUUGUAGAAAUAUUUUGUGGGUAUGGAAGAUAACAGCAUACACUGUGACGUCGCAGUGGGUUUUGGUCUUAAUAGGAAGGAGUUGAUCAAUCUCAUAGAUAUGGAAGUUCCAGCGGGUCCAGACAACGAAACAAUUGAAAGUUCUGUUGAAGGGGAGGUUCACCAGGCUGAGGAGGUUGGUAAGAGCACUGAGAGUACCUCAGGAAGGGAAUUAGUUACAAUUGAAGGGGACCCAAAUGAACCACGAGUGGGUAUGGAGUUUGAUUCGGAAACAGCAGUGCAUGCCUUCUAUUCUGCAUAUGCUGAUCGCGUUGGAUUUGUCAUCCGGUGGAGCAGACUUGGUCGCUCCAGGCGUGACCGUGCUGUUAUUGCUCGGGAAUUUGUGUGUAACAAAGAGGGUUUCCGAGUAGCUGAUAAGCGUAAUAAGGCUGGAUCGAAGCCACGGGCAACCACGAGGGUAGGUUGCAAGGCAAUGAUGGCUGCAAAGAAACUAAAUUCUGGAAAGUGGUUUAUUUCAAAAUUUGUGAGGGAGCACAGUCAUCCACUGAUUAUUCUUGGUUAUCGGAAGACUUCGAUCUGUGGUCCAUUUCCGAGUGACGAUGAGAGGAUCCGGGAACUUUCCCAACAGCUAUUUCUUGAGAAACGAAGAUCUACAACGUACAAAAAGUAUCUUGAACUGCUCUUCAAUCACAUUGAAGAACACACAGAGAGCCUGUCAAAAAAGAUCCAAUAUAUAGUUGAUGCGGUAAAUGAGGUUGAAUCCGAAAGAGCAUCAAAGACCUAGAUAGGAUUGGCAUUAUUUUAGAGUGCAUCGCUACAUUUUUUCCUCUUGUCGACGUUUAGUUGUGCUUUGUUUGUCAUUCAUCAAAGGUAACACUAGUUGGGAUUCCUUGAAGUAUCUGUUCUAGCCUCUUUUGCUGCAGAAAGUCAAAGUUUGGGUUUCUGUUUUAUACACUUACACCACAUCUAUGUGGUGCAUAUGCAGUUGGAUCAGUACUUGUUACGGUUGUUUAGAUAUUUCUUCCGCCUGUAUAAAUGGAGUUGGUUCUACUCUUUGAGAUGAU